AUGUAUGGACAAGCACGCCGCACAGAAGGAGACGAGAAGGGGCAGAGAGCGAAGCUAACACAACGCACAACGCAGCCAUCACAGUCAACUGCGAGUGCAACGGAAAGAAGGGGCAGAGAACGAGGACUUUGUUUCACAAAUGUCUAUCAGAAAAAGAGUCUGAAAACAUGUGUGAGGGCAAGUCACGGCGCAUGGGGACGAGCGAGCCAUGUGGGUAGGCAUGUUGGUAGUCAAGUGGGUAGUCAUAUGGGUAGUCAUGUGGGUAGUCAUGUGGGUAACCAUGUGGGUAGUCAUGUGGGUAACUAUGUGGGUAGUCAUGUGGGUAAUCAUAUGGGUAGCCAUGUGGGUAGUCAUAUGGCUAGUCAAAUGGGUAGUGAUGUGGGUAGCCAUGUGGGUAGUGAUGUGGGUAGCCAAGAAGGCAGAGAACACAAAAUUCAAUGCGUUCAUCAAAUUGAACUGUGAGUUAUCGUGUCGAGUGGGGUAGUGUGAUGCCGUCAAGAAGGCAACGGAGACACCUGGAUGUUUGAGUAAACGUAUCGAGUCAAAGUAGGGAACGGAGAAGGUUGGAAGCUUGAGUAAACGUAUCGCGUCCAAAUAUUCUGAUGACGUAUGUGAAUCACGAGCUGAGCGUUGGGCCUUGAGAGCGGAAAACGAAAUGUGCAGAGUUCAUAAGGACACAACACUUGCGAGUAUACACUUGUGAGUACAACACUUGCGAGUGCGACGAGUGCACUGGCGCUGAGAGACGCGUGUGUGUAACUGAGUGUAUCAAUGUCAACGACUCCGAUGACGUAUGGGUGGGCACAGGAGGCUGCAUGUAGCGAGUGUGUUGAGGGUACUGUGAUACGGUUAACAUGGCCAGCAACUGCGGAGAUUGUCUUGCUCUGGAGAGGGGGAUGGAUAGGCAGAAGCGUACCACGCAAUGUAUCACGAAUGAGCUUACACACAACGCACGUGCAUGUCAGCCAACGAAGUAGGGUCAGGAGAUGGGCAGCAAACGGCACAUGAGGCAGAACGACCUCACAGACAACGCACGUGCAUGUCAGCCAACGAAGUAGGGUCAGGAGAUGUGCAGCAAAACGGCACAUGAAACAGAACGAGAACUCAACCGGAGACACACAACAGCGCCAAAUGGACAAAGGCUGCAAACCACAAGGCCAAGAAGCACAUGGGGUUAACGGAAAGGGGUGGGGAAUAGCGUGUUGAAUUAAGAAGUUAUUAGAAUUGUUAGCGUACACGCCGCC